AUGACCAAAAAGAGAAGCUGGAAGAAUAAUGAGACUGUGGUACUUACAGAAGAAUGCAGCGCCAUCAUCCAACACAAAUUGCCUCAAAAAUUGAAGGAUCCUGGGAGUUUCCAAAUCCCCUGUAUCAUUAGAGAAAUCACUGUGGAAAAGGCCUUAUGUGAUCUAGGAGCCAGCAUAAACCUAAUGUCUCUAGCAAUGAUGAAAAAGAUGAAGAUUGAAGAAGCCAAACCAACAAGAAUGGCCCUCCAACUAGCAGAUAGGUCAUUCAAAUUUCCCCAUGGGCUAGUAGAAGACUUGUUGGUGAAGGUGGGAGACUUUAUUUUCCCAGCAGAUUUCGUAGUACUAGACUUGGAAGAAGGAGCUAAGACCUCCAUCAUCCUGGGGAGGCCAUUUUUAGCCACUGCCGGAGCCAUUAUUGAUGUCCAAAAGGGUGAACUUGUCCUCAGAUUACAUGAGGAGAAAAUGACAUUCAAUGUGUUUAAGGCCAUGAGAUACCCACAUGACUUAUUGGGAGAAUGUAUGAGGCUGGACUCAGUAGAAGCUUUGGUACAAGAAACUCUUGAAGAAGAGCUUGAAGCAUCAACAGAAGAGGAAUUAGCAACAAGCGAAAAAGCUGCAGCCGCUGAAAUACAUGUUCAAAGUGGGCUAGAAGAGAAGGAGGAAAGAAAAGAAGCACCCAAAUUGGAGCUUAAGGCACUGCCAACCACUCUUAAGUAUGCAUACUUGGGAGAAAAUAAAAGCUAUCCAGUAAUCAUAAAUUCAGCUCUCAGCCAAGAACAAGAGGAAGAGUUGCUUCAAGUCUUACGACGGCAUAAAGAUGCGAUUGGAUGGACACUUGCUGACUUGAUGGGAAUUAGUUCAGCCAUAUGCAUGCAUAAAAUACUCAUAGAAGAAGGUGCCAGACCUUCCAUUCAUCCCCAAAGAAGGUUAAAUCCAUCAAUGAAAGAAGUAGUGCAGAAAGAAGUCAUGAAGUUGUGGCAGGGAGGAGUAAUCUAUCCAAUCUCAGACAGCCAAUGGGUCAGUCCAGUUCAAGUGGUUCCCAAGAAAGGGGGAAUCACUGUGGUGCCCAAUGAAAGGAACGAGCUAAUCCCUACAAGAACCAUUACAGGCUGGAGAAUGUGUAUUGACUACAGGAAGCUUAAUGAGGCCACAAGAAAAGAUCAUUUCCCACUCCCCUUCAUGGACCAAAUGUUGGAAAGACUUGCGGGACAUGCAUAUUAUUGUUUUCUAGAUGGGUAUUCAAGAUACAACCAAAUAGUGGUUGAUCCAAGAGACCAAGAGAAAACAUCAUUCACUUGCCUAUAUAGAGUGUUUGCCUACAGGCGCAUGCCAUUCGAGCUAUGGCAGAGGAAAGACAAUUUAGUCCAUGUGAUAUGCUAUGCUAGCGAAGUCCUCAAUUAUGCUCAAAGAAACUAUACCACUACUGAAAAGGAGUUGCUAGCAAUAGUUUUUGCAUGUGACAAGUUCAGAUCAUAUCUCAUUGGUGCUAAAGAAUUCAAUAUUGAAAUCAGAGACAAGAAAGGAGUGGAGAAUAAGGUAGCAGAUCACUUAUCCAGAAUCCAUCAUGAGGAAGGUGGAACACAUGAUACAAGUGUGAACGAGCUCUUCCCUGAUGAGCAAUUGAUGACAAUUCACAAAGCACCAUGGUUUGCAGACAUUGCCAACUUCAAGUGUUCAGAUGGAAUCCUUAGAAGAUGUGUCUCAGAAGAAGAAGGACGAGAGGUCCUAUGGAAUUGCCACGGCUCAUGCUAUGGAGGCCAUUUUGGAGGGGACAAAACUGCAACAAAGGUGUUACAAAGCGGAUUCUUUUGGCCCACCCUUUUUAAGGAUGCUAAAGAACUAGUAAAGAGCUGCAAUGAUUGCCAAAGAUCUGGAAACUUGCCCAAAGGAAAUGAGAUGCCACAAAAUUUCAUCCUGGAAUUGGAACUGAUUGAUGUGUGGGGAAUCGAUUUCAUGGGACCAUUCCCAACCUCAUACUCAAACAAGUACAUCUUGGUAGUAGUGGAUUACAUUUCCAAGUGGGUAGAGGCUAUUGCCACUCUAAUGAAUGAUAACAAGAUGGUCAUGAACUUCCUCAGGAAGAACAUCUUUAGCCGUUUUGGAGUCCCCAGAGCACUUAUCAGUGAUGGAGGGAGUCAUUUUUGUAAUAGACCAUAUACUUUCUAA